GCUGGAGCACACUUGUAGGACCCCUGUCGGAGACUCUUCAAAACCAUGCUCCGCGGCGGCGCCAUCGUCAACAAUCAGUGCAAGGGAAUUGUCUCGAGCUCGCAGCGACUCGUCUCCUCGCCCACACUCGCUUUGUGAUUGUUCCCAGCUCCUCCGUAGCUAUGGCUUUCGGGGUUUCUAAGGGGAUGGUGGCCCCUCUGCUGGUCAUCAACUUUUGUCUCUACUUCAUCUCGGCCGAUAUCGCAGGGUCUCUCCUGAACAAGGCGUUCGACCGUGGCAGCUUCGUCCUUGGUGGUAACACUGCAACGAGCAUUUUCCUCGCUUUCGUGCUUAUCGCCAGCAUGGUUGGUUUGGCCUCCACCUUAGCUGGAGCUCACCACCUGUCCGUGUGGCGCACUGAGAGUCUUGCCGCCGCUGCCGCCGCUGCCACAAUUGCAUGGACACUCACUCUUUUGGCUAUGGGCGUUGCAUGCAAGGAGAUUCACAUCCGAUAUGGCCGCAACAAGAGACUGAAAACUCUCGAGGCUUUCAUGAUCAUCUUAUCACUGUUAGAGCUGCUGUACUUGUUGGCUCUGUACGCUGGCGCUGUGACACGCGAGGGUUACAACAACGCUCCUGGAGUGAAGAACCCCAACUACGGCACUCCAGCAGCUGCUGCCGUCUAAGUUCCCUUCGAAACGAUUCGCGCAUGCCAGAAAAUGUUGCAUUUGUAUUCCCCUUUUGCUUCAUGGAAUGUAGUGUAGUACCGGUCCAUGCGUCAUGAAUUGUUGAGUGUCCGUUAUUUCUGCAUCGUGAGAGCUUGUACGGCCUAUUUUUGUUCAUUGUAUCAUACCUAUGCAUAUGUUAAUAAAUUGCUAUCCUUAUCUACA